AUGACGCAGCUCUUUGCGUCCAGUCCGUCGGCCAUGACAAAUACCGAGAAGCGUGGCAAUUUCCCCAGCUUGUCGUUGCCGUCCCGAAAACACUCCAACGAUUCAGGCCACCUACCCACGAAGAUCAAGAACUUUUUCCGGAUCAACAGCUCCAGCAGUCACUCCUCGUCCCAUGGCGGGAGCCCGGUUAGCAAUGACCGUGAGCGCGAGAAGGACAACUCCGCGAAGAAUGAAAAGACCCCCUUCCGACAAUCUCGAUUCCUCCCCACGAUCGGUCGUAACCGUUCCACAACUGUUGCAAGUGAAGGCAACCCUCUAGACGAUGGUGUCUCUCCGACCGCCUCUGCCAACCCUUACUUUGCCCACCAGGGCCAGCCUGCAUUGCGACAUCGGAAUGACGGGUCCGUUCCCUCAUCUCCUCCCGAUACCCCCGAGUUGCAGGUCACCGGGGUCUCUGCUGUGGAACAGGCCACGACUGUCAAUAAGGAGGAGCUUGCUCGAAAACUCCGCCGUGUGGCAUCGGCUCCCAAUGCCCAAGGUCUAUUCUCCAACGGGCAGGGUGGCGGUCGUCCCCAGACCGCUGAAAUGGGUAAAGAGCCUCUUGUGGAGGUUCCUGGCCCCGAUGGGUCGGUGGGUCUAGCAAGCUCUGUGACUGAAAAAGACUCCGCGCUUUCAGUGCCUUCGAUUGGUAUUGGCAACAAUGUCGAUAGCAGUAAUGCCUCCUUCCGUCGCACAUAUAGCUCCAAUUCGAUCAAGGUUCGCAACGUGGAAGUUGGCCCUGCCAGCUUUGACAAGAUCAAGUUGAUUGGUAAAGGUGAUGUGGGUAAGGUUUACUUGGUUCGCGAGAAGAAGUCAAGUCGUCUCUAUGCCAUGAAGGUCCUGAGUAAGAAGGAAAUGAUUAAGCGUAACAAGAUCAAGCGCGCUCUGGCCGAGCAGGAAAUUUUGGCCACCAGCAACCACCCAUUCAUCGUUACUCUUUACCACUCCUUCCAGUCUGAGGACUACCUGUACCUGUGCAUGGAAUACUGCAGUGGUGGUGAAUUCUUCCGAACAUUGCAAACCCGACCAGGGAAAUGCAUUUCUGAGGAUGCUGCCCGCUUCUAUGCUGCCGAAGUGACUGCUGCUUUGGAGUACCUUCACCUGAUGGGCUUCAUCUACCGAGACCUCAAACCAGAGAAUAUUCUUCUUCACCAAUCUGGUCAUAUCAUGCUCUCGGACUUUGAUUUGUCUAAGCAGUCUGGACCUGGUGGUGCUCCGACUAUGAUUCCCGGGCGAAGUGGGGGUACCUCCAUGGCAGCCCUCCCGACUAUUGAUACCAAGUCUUGCAUUGCCGAUUUCCGUACCAACUCGUUCGUAGGAACCGAGGAGUACAUCGCCCCCGAGGUGAUUAAGGGAUGCGGUCACACCAGUGCGGUCGAUUGGUGGACGCUUGGUAUCCUGAUCUACGAGAUGCUUCACGGAACUACCCCGUUCAAGGGCAAGAACCGCAAUGCAACUUUUGCUAGCAUCUUGCGGGAUGAGGUGUCAUUCCCGGAGCACUCUGGUGCUCAGCAGACUUCCAACAUGUGCAAGUCUUUGAUUCGCAAGCUUUUGAUCAAGGACGAAACGAAACGCCUUGGAGCUCGUGCAGGCGCAUCGGAUGUCAAGACUCAUCCCUUCUUCCGGACGACCCAGUGGGCGCUCAUCCGCCACAUGAAGCCGCCCAUGAUCCCCCACCAGGGUCGUGCGGGCACCGACACUGUGAACUUCCGCAAUGUCAAGGAGAGCGCCAGUGUGGAUAUUGGUGGCACCAACCCGAACAAGAUGAAGGGGGUUCCAAUGGACUCCGGGCUGGCCACCCCCAAUGGCGAAUUGAACGAUCCUUUCGAGGAGUUCAACAGCGUCACUCUCCACCACGAGGGCGAUCACUAA